AAGCUCGUGAAAUUUUUCCACAGUCCAUCUCUAGCUGCCAAGUCAAGUAAAUUUUGUUGCUCGAAGUUUGCAACGAAAAUCCAUAGAUUCGCAGAUCAUACAAAUGUUGCAGCGUUAGUCCCUCGCCCAGGCAACAAUCAUAGCGAGAUGUGCUAAGAAAACGAGCAGCGGGAAACGAAGUAAUAAUACAAAUCUAGGCGCUGAUUGCUCUUUAUGUGGUUGUGUGCGUGAUUUUUUUUCGGCUCCUUUUACACUAAACCUUUGCAUUUAUUCGCGAUCAUCCGUUUGCACAAAACACAUUACAAAUUCCUGCAUGAAAGAGAAGCCCGCGUCUUCUGGGAACUCUUUUGGAACCUGCCUGUAUUCUCCACUUCCCUUCCCUCUAUGUCUAAAAGAAUUAACUAAUAUCAAAUCACCGACAAUCGAAUCGGACGAGAAUUUCACUCAGAAAGCAGCAACAACUUAAAUCUGAAACCCGCUUCAAGAUGGCCAUACCGCCACCACCGGGACCACCGCCACCGCCAGGGCCCCCGCCGCCCCCGGCCAUGGGCGGCUUGAAGCUGGGCGGCGGUGGAGGCAAAGGUGGUGCAGAUCCCCGCUCUGCCCUCCUCAGCUCCAUCCAGAAGGGCACCAAGCUCCGUAAGACGAACACCGUGGACAAGAGCGGACCGGCGAUAUCGGGGAAAGUAUGUGGAGCAGAUGCCGCAGCAGGAGCGGGAGUUGGAGGCGCCAAGCGCACCCUCAAUAACAACACCAGCACCAGCAACAACAACAACAACUGCAGUAGUAGCAGCAGCAGCAGCAACGGCCUUGGCAAUGGAGCCCCCAAAUUGGGGGGCCUGUUCGAAGGCUACUCGCAAAUGCCGAAGCUGAAGCCCGUGAAUGGCUAUCGCACCGGAGCAGCAGCAGCAGCGACUCCACAACCACCAGCCGGAGUAGCAGCGGCCGCAAUAGCACAGCAGCAGCAACGAAGCCAUAGCCCCCCCACAGCCGUCACUGCCGCUGCCGCAUCCAGCAACGGACCCAUGGACUUCAAUACAGAGCUGGCCAUGCACCUAACAUUGAAGCGCCAGAAGGCGCAGCAGAAGCAGCAACAAUCGCCGCAAGCACCCAGCGGCACCCAGCAUAUCAAUGCCACAGAAGCAAAUCUGAAAACAAAUCGGGGACCUCCACCGCAACCGCCAAAGCAAACCAACUCAAGUGAUUCGAUAUUGGAGCGCAUGAAUAUCGCACCCCGCGCUGCCCUGCCACCAGCUGCCGCCGUCAAAGCUGCCUCGCCCACGCUCUCGGAGAGCGGCAGCAACAGCAGUGGCAGCGUCAAGAGCAAGGCGGCCAAUCUGAAUAUCUCGUUAGGGAAUAGUUUUGUAAAUAGUUCGAUGGCAAAAACCACUGCGAGUGCUUCCACGACGUCGCUGAACUCGAGCAGAACGUCCUCGGCAGGAUCGCUACGCAACCUGGCGCCCAAUAAGUCAACGUUGUUCGGUGGUGCUGGUUCUUCUAUUGGUGGUGGUGGUUCACAGCAGACAUCGCCUCCAUCAACGGCCACGCCCACACCGUUGCCAUCUCAAGCGCAGUCCCAUACGCAAACACAGAUUCAGUCACAGCAGCAGAAGCCGGCCAUCAGCUUUGGCAAGCCGAACUUUGCUCCAAAGCCGCCGGGGCUCCAGCAGUUGAUUCUGGGUAACGGGCAGCAGCGUCCGGCGGUGACGCGGCACCACAGCAUGAAGUCGCCCAGAUCUCCGCCAGCGUCUGCCUAUGCUGCCCCCACCCUCCAGCAUUUUGGGACGAUGCGGGCUCCGCUCCAGCUGCAGGGCAGCGACGGAAGCGUCGCCAGCAUGCGCUGUGCCCCCAAUCCACCAAAGUCACGACCAUCGGUGAAGCCUCCACCUCCGCCAACACCGGCGCGGAGCUUCUCCAACAGCAAUCUGAGCAACAUCGGAGCUGGAUCAUCUGCAGCGCCGUUAAGUGCCGUCAACACGGCCCUGGUGCAGAGUGCGGCGACUACGACUCAGGCCCCUUCGACUCCCAUUACCCAACCGCCCUCCACUUCGAGCAGCAGUAGCAGCGUGGCCGCCCUGCGUGACCAGUUCCGUGCGGUUGGCAUCGGGAACGGUAUGAAUGGUAUGAACGGUGGGAAUGGGAAUUCCUCGCCACCGCUGCCGCCGCUGCCUACUCCAGCAUCAGUUUCGUCGGCCUCAUCAUCGACUACGGCCAGCCCCAAGUCUUCGACCGUCCGGCCGAUCAUAUUGAAUGGGGGACCCAUCAUCCAUCCACCAGCCCCGCCGCCGCACCGCAGCUGUCCGCCUCCACCGCCGCCGCAGCGACAAUCGAGCACUGCUGGAUCCGGAUCAGGGUCGGGUGCUGGAGCGCCAGUGCCGCCACAGCGUCACUCAUCCAUACGGCCCAAUGCCCCGCUGACUCCACCCACGCACAUGGCCAACGCCUCGCAUCAGUUUGGUAGCAAUUCAGGACUGUCGGCAGGAGGAGGAGCAGGAGGUGCAACUGUGGGCCGCCUGGUCAUCGAUUUGGAGACCAAGUUCGGGAAGCGAUUCCACAACGUGACCGAGUUCCCCAAGCCGCCGCCGUUUCUUAAUAUACAAAAAAUCUAUCCUAGUCGAACGUUUAAGGCGAGCAACGCUGCCGCCCAGACGCCCAGCAACAACAACAUCAGCAUUAACAACAACAUUUCGGCUGUCUGCAACAACAAUGCCAGCAUAAAUACCAAUUCAAUGGCUCCGGGGGGAAGAGGUACACUGCCGCCAGCACUGAAGCCAGCCUAUGCACCACUGAAGAAGCACCGGGCACCUGCACCACCGCCUCAGGCAGGCGUGGCCGCUGCCACAGUGUCCGUAAUACGGCAAUCUAGUUUCUUGUACGGCGGCGGAGCAGCCGGAACGGCCGGUAGUGCCUCCUCCCCCGUUCGACCCCAAUCACAGGCGGCGGGAAGUGUGGCGCGCAACUCGACGGUCUGCUGAGGCGAUCCAUAUCGUUGCCCAUGAGUUGUACAUAAUGCGGAUAUACGGUGUGGCACGGUGCGGAGUGAUUGUACAAAAUUUUACGAAAGGUUGAUCAAAUAAAAGUGGAACAAUACCAAAUACCACUCUUCUGAGGGAACGAAUCGAAUCCCAAUUUAUGCGCGCAACUCUCUGUAGCGUCUUCCCUGGCAGCACUUGGCAAGCAAGCCAAUCCUUAACCAUAGUUGUUCGUUUUGUAUAUAGGAAAUAGCACCUAAAGUUAGUAAAAUUAUGAAAACAGCAAUAUAGCAGCCAGCAAAUCUUUUAUAAGUAUAUGCAUUGUAUCUGUAUGUUUCAAUACGAUUGUAUUGUAUUUAGGAGCGCCUCUAUAUGAAUAUCUUACUAGACUGAACCUGUUAAAACCCAGCAACAACACAACUAAUUAAUAUAUGUAGAUACGAGUAUACACGAAUACUUGGAGGGGGGAAUGGAAUACUCUGCACUGGGAUACUUGAAGAGCCUCUAGAGUCUAGACUCUAGUGCAAUACACACAAAACGAAGAAUGUUAGAUGCAAUACCUAAUCGAAGCACAACUGAGAGCAUUUCAACGAAUCUUGUCAUACACUUGUCACUAUUUUAGAGUCUAAUAAAACUAGUGGUAAUACCCAGA